AUGUCAGACCCUGACGAGGGAUCUCAACUCGCUAAACGACGUCGAGUUGCGCGAGCCUGUGACCAGUGUCGACAUGGAAAGCUCAGGUGUGACGGACGCAGCCCUCGAUGCUCCAAAUGCCUGGAAACAAGGAAGCCUUGUUCGUAUGGUGCUGCGGCAAAGAGGCGUGGACUCAAGACGGGCUACGUUCGUGCGCUAGAAUGCCUGUGGGGUCUCGUGCUCCAAAAGAUUGAUGGCAGUGAGGCUGCGGUCGAGUCACUUCUAGGCAGAGCAUCUGUGCUGGACUUCCGUGGACGAGAUCAGAAUGCGGGCAGUACAGGGGAUGUUGAGAACCUUCUUGCUUCCUGGAAGAGAAGCAAAAUUCCAGAAAAGAUCAACCAACUUCUCGCAUCAACAGAUGACUCGGAUGAUGAAGCAACUGGGAAUCCACUUGAGACAGUGCAAGGCUUUGAACAGCAUCAUCCUUUGAUUUCGUGGAGGGCAUACGCCCAGCAACCUGGAGAAGAUGCACAAAUCCCACAAAUUACGCUGAAUACUGCCGAGAAAGACUUGGUGGGGUCAUUGGAAUCUUCCUUGGGCGAAGAUGAGAUCCGAACAACGACAGGCUGUGAUAAUGCUAAUGUCUUCCUCUACCAGCCGACAAUACCUCACUUGCUUAAGCUCCCUUCCACUUCAUCUCGCCUAAUCGAUUGGUAUUUUACUUACACGCAUUGUUGGCUACCAAUCGUGGAACGGCAUGUGGUUUUCCGGACCUUGUUUUCAUAUCCUGCUGAAGGGUUCCUUGUGACCCGGAAAUCGUUGGGUUCCGGAGAUCAUGCGGUCCUUUGGGCAAUAUUAGCCUGCGCUUCACUGGAGGAAGCACAGACGGAGGUGACACCGACCUCAUUUGCUGAGUCGAUUGAAACCUCCGAGUUGUUCUAUGCCCACGCUCGGAACCUUAUCCCAUGGGAGAACGAGCAUGAGUAUUGCCUUGAACAUGUGCAAGCACUGACGAUACUUGCAAUAUGUCGCUGGAUAGCUCGCGACUACAAAGCGGCCUCGUCUAUAAUCACAUACGCAAUCUCAAUUGCUUUCUCCAUCGACCUUGAUCAAAUCAACACCGCUUGGCAGCACCAGAAAUGCCACGCGGACCGAGUUUGGCUUGGGUGUUUUGUGGUAGAAUCUCUUCUGGCGAUGCGCUUGAAAAGAGUACCCUAUCUGAAACCACAGGCGAUUGAACCCUGUCUUCCGAUCGAUGAUUCUGGCAUGGAGGAAUGGGAACCGUGGCGACCCCUCCGCUCACACUCAGAUGCAGAGCCAAGUCUACCUAUACGCACCUCGAGCACUUUCAGCCAACUGGUCCGCCUCGUCUGUAUUGCGAACAAUCUCCUGCACCUAGAUCCGGGCGAUGCCAGCCUGCAGGCUAUUACAAGUUUAAUUGACUGGACAGCGCAAUUACCGCGACAUUGCAAGCAGGCGGGUUGCCAAAGAGGUCGGGGUAUGCCUGAUCGAGUUCCACCACCUAACAUUGUUAACCUAGGUUUUGUUUACUUGUGCCUGGUGAUUCAGCUACACAUUAAUCCUUCAGACCAUCAGAUCGAAAAACUUGCUCGGAAAGACACAGAGGUUAUUAUCCAGUUCUGUGGUUCUGGUGCAUCGGAACGGCUGCCUCCAUCGUGGGAGAUACUUGCUGACGCUGCAUCGGCUGCACAAUCCCUUCCGAUACAGUCGCGAGAGGCAGUAUUGAAACAACUUAAACAAGACCUCGCCAGGCUGGGUUUCGGGGAUAGUGGUUUGAGAACUAACACACUGACAAGGAACGCUUACGUUCUUCAUCUGUAUGACGAACCUCAACAUCCUAGUGUUAUGGAUUCGACCGCAGAUACAAGUUGUGUCUCUCGGACGAACCCGCUCACAGAGAGAGGUAAUUUUUGUCGCAUGCCCGAAACGAGUGGGCAUGGCACUACCGCCUUCGCACAAACAGUACGAGCCAAACUUUCUCGCUUCCCAACAACGCAACAACAAGAGGACAUAAUGACCUCCUCCCAUGGCAACUAUAGAUUUCCUAGACCCGGAACGUUGCCGCUCGAUGUCUCUCAAAGAUGCAGGGUGGGAACAGUACAACAGCGGCUCGCGCACGAAAUGCUACCAGCUGAGGAUGGUAAUCCUCGCGUCACGUCGGACUCUGCGGCCGCCCAAACAACAGACUUCUCAAAUACAGAGACCCUUCCUGCCAUGACCGAAGAAGAUCCUUUUCUCGACUACCUUGAAUUGUUCGAUAAUGCGGAAAUGUUUGUUGCCCAUCUGAAACACGACUAUUGCACUGGUGCUAAUUCCCGCUGCAGGCAAGAUCAAGACCAUUUCAUGAAAGCCCUCGGAUACAAUGUAUGA